AUGAAUAGCAGGUCUGUUCCAGCAGCUGCGCGUCCCGGUCCGGCGAAGAGAGAGUCUCCGGGAGCGCAGAGUGCCCAGCUCCGUGCGCAGAGGAAGAGAUCUGGGGGCAAAAGGAUGGCCUCGGACGGGGAGAGCAUCAACCUUCAAGGCGUGAAUCCUCACCUCCGGAUUAACGGGCCGAUGAACAUCAACCACUACGCGACGAAGAAGAGCGUGGCGGAGAGCAUGCUGGACGUGGCACUGUUCAUGGCGAACGUCACGCAGCUCAAAGCGGUGCUGGAGCAGGGGCCUUCCUUCCAGUACUACGCCACCCUCAUCGUGCUCAUCAGCAUCUCCCUCUUCUUCCAGGUGAUGAUUGGGAUUCUCCUCAUCAUCACCGCUCGUUUGAACCUGAAUGAUGUUGCAAAGCAACCCCGCCUGAAUAUACUCAACAAUGCUGCCACAGCUCUUAUCUUCAUCACGGUCAUCCUCAACAUCUUCAUCACAGCCUUUGGGGUGCAGAAAACUGGCCUCUACCCUACCAGGAAUUUUCGACCUUAUUAA